AUGUCUGUGUCUAUUGGCUCGCAAAUCGUGGCUAAAUUUGGUCCCAAGGCUGAUGAGCCGAACGUUAUCAAGAAAUGUGAGGAAUUGAUUGAUCUCUUUGGAUUGACACCGGAGGAGUUGUUCUUGAAGUGGGAAACCUAUGUUGUGACGUCUUCUACUGUCGACGAAGAUAUUCAACUAACCGUUGAGAAUCUAAUUCAUUUACAGGAGUAUAUUCAAAAGAAGAUCAUCAAGGAAAGUCAGAAAACACCUUCUUCAAGCCAUGCAAAAAGAUCUGUUGUUAGAGCUACGCCUAAUGUUAGUAUGAGUAGCGUACUGCCUUCCACUCCUAUGUCGUCGACGCAUAAGCGGCGAAAAUUGGAGACUCCGCAAUCACGAAACUCCGAGGAUGCUGCUUUCUUUUCUGCUCGUGGAUCGUCCCCUCCUUUUGCAACCAGUAGUGAUCAUGAAAGCACUCCAUCUCAUAACGUACAGAAUCAGAAGUCGGGCUGCAUUUUAGAGACUUUGAAUGGUGAUAUCAUUAGUGAGGAUAAAACUGCGGUUGAAGGUGCUUCUCAGCCUAACAAGCUCAGGUUGGUGGCUAACUUCGACCCUACAAAAUACAAAUUUCGCACUAUGAACCAGAAAUUACUUGAAGUGGCCGACUAUCUCGAUGAUCAGAUCGAUAGAACUGCCCAGAUUGUUCUUGAUCACUAUAAAUUCGAUCAAAAUGAGUUUGGAAACCCUAAUAUACAGUCACAGACUGAGAUCUUGACUAUUGGAAGAAUAGUUCCAGACUCUCCUACCUCUGAAUUUGAUGCUGAUCUCAAUGCUCAUUCCAUAUUCUUGGAAUCGUCACGCUCUGGAGGUAUUGGACAACGCGUAAGGUUGAAUUUGAAUGAGUUGAAGGAUUAUUCAUUCUUUCCAGGUCAGAUUGUUUGCUUGAGAGGUAUUAAUCCGACGGGAGAUUUGUUUAAAGUUAUCCAAAGGUACGAGAUUCCCUAUUUAGGGGCGCCUGUAUCUACAUUGGAUGAUCUUCAUUCUUACGAGGACCAAUUACAUGGACAAAAUAUGAAAAUAAUUGUCACAGCGGGUCCUUAUACCCCCAACGGAAAAUUGAGCUUUGAUCUUCUUUCCGAAUUUGUUGAUAGAAUGAACCAAGAAGUCAAACCUAUAACCAUAAUAAUGUUUGGGCCUUUUCUUGAUGUCACACAUAGUCAAAUAAAAGAAGGUACUCUCAGUUUCCCUGAUUUGGAAAAGGAACCGAAGACCUUGGACCAGGUUUUUAAGUAUGUUAUUGCACCCAUCUUGAAACGACUAACGUGCCAUCAAGUCAUUCUUAUACCUUCUACUAGGGAUGCUACUACGGAUCAUGCUGCCUAUCCGCAGGAGAUGUUUGAUAGGAAAGCUAUGGGGCUCACUAAAAACUUCAAAUGCUUUCCAAAUCCGGCUACAUUUUCCUUGAACGAAGCUCUUAUCGGUUGUUCCAACAACGAUGUGUUUAGAGAUUUAAAGGACGUCACUGGCGGAAAUAAUCUUAGUGAAUCCCGAUUUAAUAGGGUUUCAGAGCACGUAUUGGAGCAGAGGCGGUACUAUCCUGUGUUUCCCGGUGGAAUCAAACGUAAAAGAAGCUCAAUUCUCUCUUCGGAUGACCCACAUAAUCGGGAUCAAUUAAUCGUUUCAGGCGCAGAUUUGCAUGUGCCCUAUAUGGGAUUAACUGAGUUUGCAGACUCACUUCCAGAUGUGCUGAUAAUUCCUUCAGAGCUAAAGCAUUUUGCCAAAGUGGUGAAGAAUGUGGUGGUGAUCAAUCCGGGACAUUUUGUCAGAAUGAAUAGUAAUGGAACUUACGCCGUGAUGACAGUGAAGACGCCAAACCUAAAGGAUUUCGAUAAAGUUGAUGAAAACAUUUAUUUAAAUAACAUUUGGAAGAGAGCUAGGGUUGAUAUUGUGAGGACAUAG